UCUCUCUCUCCUGUCUAGAACCGCGCGGGUAAACUCUCCCUCCCCUCGACCAUCUCGCCUUCGACCAACUCGAGUUUCUCGUCAGCCUGUCAGUUAGUGCUGUGGCGCCGUGACGGUACGGUGUUGGUUGGUACAUCGUUCCUUCCGGCUGGCCGUGUGCCCCGCCGCGAUACGCGUCGCGCACUCGCGCCUUCAUCAAUGGGGACCUCGCGGGCCCAGUGCGAGAGGACACGCGGCCACCGAUAGUCAAGUGACACGUUGACAUAAUCGUGAAGAAUCGGCGCCGGCCGUUUUGCAUUUUUCUAAAUAGGUAGUUGCGUAGCACGUAGAACGUAGAUUGUGUUAGAUCAAAGCUUAGCAGCUUGUAAAUAGCGCCAACUCGAAGGUGUACGAGUGAGAUUUUUAAAUUAAAUUUAUGUCGAGUGAGGAACACACGGAAAGGAAUUCUACAGAGACCAAUUGUGAUCGAUGAUUCCUUUGGUGCUCUUUGGUGUGUGCGCGUACAAUCCCGACUAGUAGAGCAUACACGAGCGGAUACACGAUACAGUAUUAAGGAGCGGUUAUGAGAGUUCGAUGACCACAGGCCCGCGGACCAUCGACGCUACCAUGGACUACCUGCAGACGUGCCUCAUCUUUUAUCUGCUCAUCCUCUGCUUCUGCGGUGGACGUUCCAUAGACAUAUCACAAUGCAUCGCUCCUCUGGGGAUGGAGUCGGGUGCAAUUCCCGACACGGACAUCACCGCGAGCUCCAGCUUCGAUAGCGGAAACGUCGGACCGCAUCGCGGACGGUUAAGGCAGGAGAGUCACGGAGGUGCCUGGUGUCCGAAGCAGCAGAUCACGACGGAGCCGCGCGAGUGGCUGGAGAUCAAUCUUCAUACGGUGCACAUGAUCACAGCAACCGCCACUCAGGGCCGCUUCGGUAACGGCCAGGGGGUCGAGUAUUCGGAGGCGUACAUGCUGGAAUACUGGAGGCCGAAGCUAGGAAAGUGGGUUCGCUUCAGAAACUUUCGCGGCGAGGAGGUCAUCGAUGGCAAUAGCAAUACCUACCUAGAAUCGAAGCACGAACUGGAACCACCGAUAUGGGCAAGCAAGAUUCGUUUCCUGCCCUACAGCUACCAUCGUCGCACCGUUUGUAUGCGCGUCGAGCUGUACGGUUGUCCUUGGAACGAUGGCAUCGUCUCUUACUCAAUGCCCCAAGGUGACAAGCGCAGUAAUUGGGAGUUCUUCGACGCGACCUACGAUGGUUAUUGGGACGGACAGCUUCUCCGCGGUUUGGGACAACUGACGGAUGGCAAGAUUGGCCCCGACAACUUUAAGAUGGGUUACUACAAUACCUAUGACAGAAGUCAGGCUGGAUGGGUAGGCUGGAAGAACGACACAAGAUCCGGACAUCCGCUCGAGAUCAAAUUCGAAUUCGAUCACGUCAGAGAAUUCUCGGCCGUUCACAUCUAUUGCAACAACCAGUUCACCAAGGACGUACAGAUUUUUUCCGAAGUCAGCAUUAUGUUUAGCAUCGGUGGUAAAUAUUACACGGGUGAUCCGAUUGUAUACUCCUACAUGGAGGACAGAAUCUUUGAGCACUCGAGGAAUGUCUCGAUCAAGCUUCAUCAUCGGAUCGGCAAGUUUGUCAAGUUAAGAUUCAGCUUUGCUUCACGGUGGAUUAUGAUCAGCGAAGUCACCUUUGACUCUGACAUCGCUCAUGGUAACUUCACCCCCGAAGCACCGCCCACGACCGAAGCCCCGCGAUUGCGGGAUAGAACUUUGACUCGCGACAAUCCGCUGCAAGCCGAAGUUCCGGUAGCUAAGCAGGACGAUCCGACUUACAUGCCUGCGAUCAUUGGCGUCUUGAUCACUGUAAUCCUGCUGCUGGCGAGCGCCAUAUUCCUCAUAGUCGUGCGUCACAGACAACGGAAGAACUUUGCGAGCCCCCUGGGCACCAAAAGCGCGAUUCCGUCGGGCAAUCAUCAGCAUCUGUCGCCGGAAUCCGCGUACGGCACGACGGAGAAGGACCCUUCCCUGAUGACCUACAGGGUCGAGGAACUUGACGACCGGUACGCCGGCACGAAGCUCACGACCCUACCACGAGAUCUCAAUGAUCGUCUUCUGGGCGAUGUCAGGCUCGACGAGUACCAGGAACCCUUCCACGAAAACAAGUAUCGGGAAUCUCCUCAUGCGGCGUACUACGGAUACAGCACGGUCGUUAUAGACAACAAGGAUCUCCAUGACAACGUCGAACAAUCUGAUGCUACUUAUGAUUACGCAGUACCAAUGCCCGUGCCUAGUGUAAGCAGCGAUCAGGAUAGCGUGUUUUCGAAAUCGUCCUCCAGGGGUAGCGCAAAGGCGUGCUUGCAGAGCUUUUUCCCGCCGCCUCCACCUCCUAUGAGCGCGCCACCCCCUCGAGGUUCCAGCAACCUGACAUACUCGAAUCCACCGAGUCCGGAACCAGUUUGCGAGCGUGAACGCAGAAGUAGUAAGCGCCGCGAGCAUUCCUUGCACAGAUACGCGUAAGGAUUUCUUGCAGCCUGCAGGAUAUUCAUAGAAGGCGAUAGAAUGGUUCCAAGGUAUGAUGAAUUCUCCGUUACUAUAAGCAGCAAGAUUGCGUGAUUCAUCUUCCGAGAAGGAAUUCUGUUUCAUUUCUUGCUCGUCGAAAUUGUCUGAAAUUUGCAUUUAACAAAACUAGUAUCUUAAUGCUUGAUCGCGCCAAUAAAAAGCAUGCUCAUGUUCUGCACUGCCGUUUCCUCGUACAACGCGUGUCUCUUUAUGUCUCGUGUCUUUACGUGAAGAAUUUUACCAUUAAAUUACUGUGUUCAUCGACUCCGAAUUUCGUAGAUUUCACGAGCGUUGAACGCGUCGUAGAGAAAAAGCGCCACCAAGCACGGAGCAGAGUAAUAUCACGGUGGACCGAGUUUCGCGUGGAUAUUUCGCGUGAAAGCACGCGCGUUAAUCUCCAAGUAAAGAUCGGUGAUAAAAGUGGCGCGUUGUAUAUUUUCAAGUAAACGCUGUGAGCGACCGCGCGGCGGAAGGAGUCGUAAUCCUGCUUGUUACAACGAUGAUAUCCCCCUCCCCCGUUCCUCCGAGUUUAGCGUCUGGAGCGAGAAAAAACGACGCAACGCACGGCGCGGUCUUUUCCCGACGAGCACUGCCAUCGAUGAAUUAUCGAACGUAUCGCGCGUGACGAUCGAGUUUUUUUAAUUCUUUAGGGAGACUCGAUUCACCUCCGACGAAUAGGGUGAAUCGCGUAACGGGAGUUGUAUUAAAUUGGCAUAUCAAUUUAAUGGUAAAGUGACCUCUCGCGCGAAUAACUCUUUCCGAGAUUCGUCCGUCGUGCGGGAUUCUCGAUUAAUCGUUCUCUCGCAAAUUUCUCGAGAUGGCAAAGGCAAAUGACGUUGCUUCACGCAUCACGAAGGAUAUGCACGCGCGUCAACGCGUCCGGACGAAUCUCCAGGAAGAGUCGCGUUAAUGAUCUGGUCCGUACGGCGCGCAUGUGCAACAAGAUCGAGCUCGCUAUCGAUCGCAGCGAAGAUACGCAGCAAGCAGAAAUAGAAAAAACGACCAGGCCAGAUGAGAUAUUUAUCCGAUGGCGUGAUCGCUGCCGACGUAAUGGGUCGAAAAAAUAAUUAAUUGCUGGCUCGAUGUGAUAUAAGCGAGCGUUUCAAUUAUUCGCACGCUUCAAUUAUUUGACCGACCAUCAGUCGUCGCGGCGCUUGACAUCGAAGGAGAAAAGGUCGACGCAGUAAGAUCGACGUGACGAUAUUUAAAAGCGUGAACGGUAGCGAGCUUCGGUCCCACCUCACACACAAGACUGAUGUCACAUAAAUAAUUCAGUAUCCCGACCGCGCGCACGUCGUAUUAUUUAUUGUCACGCACAGCGACUCAUAGUGCGACGAAUUUUUAAUUUAUAUAUACGAGAAAAAGUGAAUAUAUAUAUAUAUAUACACACGCGCGCGCGCGCAUAGAUAUAUAUAUAUAUAUAUAUAUACACACACAAAAGCGGUAAUGCGGAUUAUCGUACGACGACGAAUUUGAAGCAUUAUGCUAGAUUAUAACGAUAAUAUUGUAUAAGCCCAACUUUAUUUCUCUAUCUCUACCGACAUCGCCUUCAUGCAACGAGGAAAAUCGAGAAUUACCAGCGUAAGAAAUCGACAAUACAGGGAUGAGACAACAAUAACUACAUGUGUAUGUAAUUGAACAAAAAGUAUAAGGAGAUAUAUUCGGGAUAUCGGGUGCGCGAACGUGUGAGACCCUCGACCACAUUGUGAUAUAACGCAAAAGAGCUCUCGCUAAGAGUAACACAUAUACAGACACGUUAUAUGCUUAAGCGUGCCUUGCGCGGUGGAGCUCCCCGUGAAUUUCGUCCUGAAAGAGCAGCCGUAAAGUGCAGCGACUCCCCACUCCACUAGGUCGACGAACGAUCGUGCACCUGUGUGUGGUGCAAAAUUUAUUACCGGUUUAAAUAUCUGACGUGAAACGCGCGUACGCGCGCGCGCAGCAUGAAAUUUAAGGCAGGGUUCGGUGCUUUUACCGCGCACCGUUUAAAUAGCGUUCCCGUACGAUUAUUUGGUCGUCCAUUGACUCGAUUGCACUUCCCUCGAUUACUGGCCGUAAUCUAUUAAGCUCAAUUUUUCUCGCAUUUCAUCGGAUUCAGUCUCUCGGCAUUGCUGCCCGGAAACGUUCUUGCAAAUCACGCGUCCCGAAACACGCCGAACGCGCAAUGCUGAUUGACAUUCCGCUAUUUUUAUCCGAAUAUCUGGCCGUUCCGGCGAUGUUUGCGCGCGUAUCGGUUUUUCGAUUAAGCGCGAGACAGUCUGACUCGUUGAGGAGAAAUUUAAUCGAGCGUUCCCCCGCGCAGGUCGCGCCCUUUCGCGGCAAAAGCGGCGCGUAGCGUCUACAACGAUUCAAACAUUGCUAUGUAUAUUUAGUGUUUAAUCGAUAUCGUCGCCACGUAGGAUGUUGAAUUAAAGAGAUAACUAAGAGUGACAGCUUCGUACGCUUUUCGAGUGUAAAUAUUAACCGUUAGGGACCUCGUACCACGUAACACACCUACACACGCGCACACACACACACACUUCAUACACACGCGCGCGCGCAAGCGGACUUUCUUCAAGCGCCUUAAGUUGGGGGGCACUGAGCAAAUAAUUUUGUCGCAAUAAUAAUCGUCGUCUUUAAAGGCGGAAGAUAUCACGUACAAACGGUUAUCAUUAUCGUGAUGAGACACGGCGGCAGACUGACGGCAAAAUAUGAUCUAGGUCGCGCCUUCGAGAGCUUUUAAGGCCGUGAUCGGCGCAUCGUGUCCGCCGAGUUUCCUCUUCGUCGAUGACUCUCGAUUAUUUUCUCGCUCAGCGGCGCCGUGAUCGAUUCACCGUGCGCUCUAUAGUUACCACGACACGGAAAAUACGAGUAUUCUAAAUCGCUCGCACUUUCAUCAGUCUCGCUGAUAGUCCUUUCCUGGCAAUAAUCGUCAAUUUGUCCCAAGCGAGUGUACACGUACACACGCGCGCACAUCCGAUGCGAGAGAAAGAGAGAGAGUUCGAUCAGUUAAUCCAUAGAAACGAGGAAAAGAUGACGCGAGAUGAUGGAAAGUUAGUUUACAUAUAUAUAUAUCAAAGUUGCGCGAGUUGUAAGGUCCUUCCCCCGACGAAGGAAUCGAUAAAGAUGACGAAGAAAAACACUUUGGUAUCUGCUCACGGCGUACUCUGUACAUCUAAUAUCUCUUUGAUAACAUGGAACUACCGACGCAAGACGUACCAGUUGGCAACACGAUCGUUCUCCGACAUCGCUGUCAAUUUUCUUACCAUCUUUUUGUAAACUUUUUAUUAAUAUUUCAUAACUUGAUAUAUUUUUAUCUGUAUUCCGAUUUUUUUGUUUCCUGAUGAGAACGGUGAAGACAAUAACCGUUGAACGAGCAAAUCAUGGCGCCUAGUAAAUCUAGUAUCGACCCGUUAAAACCUAGUUCGAACAAAGUCGAAUGUCAUUAUCGAUCACCUACAAGUCAAAGUCAUACUCUUCAUACUCUUGAAUUAUUCUUGUCUCGAUUAUCAGCGGAAUCGAAAGGAGAAAUGUUAAUAAUCUCAGGACGUAAGGAGAUUCGCUGUCUCGUAGGUCGUAUGUGCCCGUCAACGUUAUGCAGCUAAUUCUUAUUGCCGCUUUCGCGGUAUCGGAACGAGAUAGCACUGUCUUGGCACGAGUUCCUUGCCCUCGAUAGAUACUCUUUGCCAGUCGUAAGUUUUCUUCCGGCCGCUACGUCGAGGCCGAUACAACGAUACGGGCACGGUCUAGCGAUAUAACCGAGAUACGACACGAUCGGUUCUGCAUCGGUACGUACAAUGUGCAGGAACACGGCGCAGUCGGUGCGACCGGGGAAAAUUCUCGGGUAUAAAUCACGCAUAUAACACUUUUUCUAUCUGACACGAGAAAUGCAGGAAGACGCUCCAGGACGGGGGACAAAGGGGAACUGGCCCAUCUUUUAUACGACGACAAGUAUUUGCGUGUGAGUACAUACGUUCUACGAAGGAAGCAUAAAAAGAAAAACCGGAUUAAGCUCAGAUUGUUUGGUCAACCGAUUUUCGCGCUUGACUUAUUGAUCAUGAGUCGUAUAAAAGAAAACCAAAUUUAUCUAUGCGAUUCUCCUUUCAAUAACACUGGUCAACAAAAUUUUAUCGUUUUUAAGGGAAUGGGUAUUCUUUACUAAUUUGGGUGCGCUAAACAUGAAUCUGGCCUUUAAAAUACUAAAUUGGCUCUGGUUUUUGAAAUAAACGGGAUCAAAAGUGCAAAAAACCGUGUUUUUGGUCAUUUUUGAACACCUGUAGAAAAACUACGGGAGCACCUAGAACUUUGUAAUUAGGAUGAAAUGAAAGCCUAAACCUUGCCCUUUUAGGCUAUAGAUUGAAAAAUGAGGUGUCUUUAACUUGGAGUAACAAUUGUUUUACGAACGCGCACCGAUUCCGCCACAUGCGAUCCGCCACAUGUAUGAGCAGAUGAAUGAGCAGAUGCAUCUCGUGAGUUUGUUACGAGUCAUAAAGUGUGUUUGCAAGUGCGAGGUAUCAUUCUUAUUUAUUUACAUCGUAUAAACAUUGGAAUUACGAUUUAAGGUUUGUAUAAAUAUGAGUUCAUUACGAAAACUUUGUCUUAAUCAUCCAGAUGUAUUCUGCUACAUUUGUGGUGAAUAUACUGUAGAAAAACACAGACGAAGCCGAAGACAGGGGAUGCUAGUGAUAAAAUAAUUGGAGAGCGGAGAGAACGGUGCACGCGGCCAGAAAAGCAUGUGGCGGAAUCGGUGCGCGCUCGUAAAAAAAUUUGUUACUCCAAGUUAAAGGCACCUCAUUUUUCGAUCUAUAGCCUAAAAGGACAAAGUUUAGGCUUUCAUUUAAUCUCAAUUAGAAAGUUCUAGGAGCUCCCGUUGUUUUCUACAGGUGUUCAAAAAUGACCAAUAAACCCACGGUUUUUGCACAUUUGACCCCGUUUUGUUUAAACACUAGAGCCAAUUCACUAUUUUCAUUUCCACAUUUGGAUUCUACGGGAAAAAACCUAUCAGAAUGAGUUGCCAUUGGCCCGACAAAAAAUUCGUGUUCCCCAGUGUAAUUUAUUUGGUUACACAAUUCAUCAUUUUUGGCAAAUAAAGCAAAUCGAUAGAAAUUGAUCUAACGACUCUAACAUUUCUCCUGUAAAAAUACUUUGAAUACAAUAAUGCACGCACGAUACGAUAUAACUGGACUUGGACGAAUUAUGUGGUACAUUGCACAAUGAAUUUGUUUGUGCAUGAUUGUGCCAGGGAUUGUGUUCGUCGAGAACAGACACCGUGUACAUAAUCGAUCGAUCGUGCAAUACCCAGCGCGUCUGGCUAUACGUGUACUGAACCUUGUACGUAGAAAGUCGAAGAAAGCGCGGUGAGCAGGUACAGCGACGGCAACGACAACGACGACGAUUUAUCAUAGUUGUAAUACAAGCGAUAAUAGGAAAUUUUCCGCCACCCCGAACGUAUUAACGCGCCGCAUAAUCUCUCGAUGUAUAUAGCGACUGUAAUUUAUACAUACAUAUGUGUAAACGUAUUAUAAAUACACCCGCCAACGCGCGGGAAAGAGACCACUUGUAUAUAUCUGUAUUAUAUAACGUAAACGAUGAGCGGAGAGGCGGUACUAUGGUGAGUGUAAUUAUAUUGAUCAAUAGCGUAACGAGUACCGGAUGCAUAUUUGAUAUUUGUGUGCCUGUAUCCUUUUGUAUGCUAUCGAGAUAGAUAAAAAAAUACAGAAUUAUACAUAUUAUAUCUCGUAUUAAUCGCGAUGUAGGCAACUACGAGUACCGAGGUGUAACGCAUACAAACACGAACAAACGAGUACAUGUGCUCACACACAAGCAUACACACAGAUCAGUCGGGCUAAAUGACCGAUGAAUAAAAUAAAAAACUUUUAGCGAAACGAAA